GUCUCUCUCUUCGUUCCGCUCGCCGCAAUCCGCACCACCACCACCGCGGCGGAGGCCUAAACCCUAGCGAGUCGAAGCCGCGAUGCCGUCGGCGGCGGGGGGUCCGGUGGCCGUCGUGGCGGCGGCGGCACCGGCGCUGGGGAUAUCGCCGGAGAUGUACCCGACGGAGGACGACCUGGCGUACGAGGAGGAGAUCCUGCGGGAGCCGUUCAAGCUGAAGGGGUGGUGGCGCUACCUCGUCGCCCGCGCCGCCGCGCCGUUCGCCAAGCGCGCCGUCAUCUACGAGCGGGCGCUCAAGGCGCUCCCGGGGAGCUACAAGCUGUGGCACGCCUACCUCCGGGAGCGCCUCGACCACGCCCGCCCGCACCCGAUCUCCCACCACGCCUACGCCUCGCUCAACAACACCUUCGAGCGCGCCCUCGCCACCAUGCACAAGAUGCCCCGCGUCUGGGUGCUCUACCUCACCUCGCUGCUCGACCAGCGCCUGCUCACCCGCGCUCGCCGCGCCUUCGACCGGGCGCUGCGCGCGCUGCCGGUCACGCAGCACGACCGCAUCUGGCCGCUCUACCUCCGCCUCGCCUCGCUGCCGGCCUGCCCCGUCGAGACCUCGCUCCGCGUCUUCCGCCGCUACCUCCAGUACGACCCCUCCCACGCCGAGGAUUUCAUCGACUUCCUCAUCUCCGCGAACCGCUGGCAGGAGGCCGCCGACCGCCUCGCGUCUGUGCUCAACGAUGACGGCUUCCGCUCUGUCAAGGGCAAGACCAGGCACCAGCUCUGGCUCGAGCUCUGCGAAAUCCUCACCAAGCACGCCGAUGAGGUCGCUGGGCUUAAGGUGGAUGCCAUACUGCGCGGCGGCAUACGCAAGUUCACUGACGAGGUUGGCAAGCUGUGGACCUCUCUGGCUGAUUACUAUGUCAGAAGAACCUUGUAUGAGAAGGCGAGAGAUGUUUUCGAGGAGGGGGUUGCUUCGGUGAUGACGGUUCAGGAGUUCAGUGUGGUGUUUGAGGCAUAUACACAAUUUGAGCAGAGUAUGCUAGCGGCAAAGCUGGAGGCAGCUGAGGAGGAGGGUGCAGGGAGUGAUGGGGAAGAUGAAGCGGGCAGGAAGAAUGGGAUGGACAAGCUAUCGAAGAAGUUUGUUGCAGGUUGCUGGCUGAACGAUGAGGAUGAUACUGAUUCUAGGCUGGCAAGGUUUGAGCGGCUGUUGGAUCGCCGACCAGAGCUCCUCAGCAGUGUCCUGUUGCGACAGAAUCCACAUAACGUGGAAGAAUGGCACAGGAGGGUGAAACUUUUUGAGAAGGAUCCUACAAGACAAGUAGCUACAUAUGUUGAAGCUGUGAAGACUGUAGACCCGAUGAAGGCUGCUGGAAAACCACAUACUCUAUGGGUCGCAUUUGCAAAGAUGUAUGAGAAACAUAAUCGUCUAGAUAGUGCUGAAGAGAUCUUUAAAAAAGCAACUCAAGUGAACUACAAGGCAGUUGACCACUUAGCCAGUAUUUGGUGUGAGUGGGCAGAGAUGGAGCUGAGGCACAAUAAUUUUGACAAGGCUAUUGAGCUGAUGAGGCAAGCUACCGCAGAACCCUCUGUUGAGGUUAAGAGACGAGCUGCUGCCGAGGGGGAUGAACCUGUCCAAAUGAAAGUGCAUAAAUCUCUGAAACUGUGGAGCUUCUAUGUGGACCUGGAGGAAAGCCUUGGAACCUUGGAAUCAACUCGUGCAGUUUAUGAGAGAAUACUGGAUUUACGAAUCGCCACCCCGCAAAUAGUUCUCAAUUAUGCAUAUCUUCUUGAGGAAAACAAGUAUUUUGAAGAUGCAUUUAAAGUGUAUGAGCGUGGUGUGAAAAUUUUUAAAUACCCCCACGUUAAGGACAUUUGGGUGACCUACCUCACAAAGUUUGUAAGGAGGUAUCAGAGAAGCAAGUUAGAACGGGCAAGAGAACUGUUCGAUGAAGCUGUCAAACAGGCUCCUCCACAAGAAAAGAAAGCUUUGUAUUUGCAGUAUGCUAAACUGGAGGAAGACUAUGGCCUUGCAAAACGUGCAAUGAAUGUAUAUGAUGAAGCUGUAAGGGCUGUUCCUAAUAGCGAAAAGAUGAGUAUGUACGAAAUAUAUAUAGCACGGGCUGCUGAGCUAUUUGGUGUUCCAAGAACAAGACAGAUAUACGAGCAAGCAAUUGAAUCUGGGCUCCCAGACAGAGAUGUUAUGACAAUGUGCAUGAAAUUUGCGGAACUUGAAAGAAACCUUGGAGAAAUUGAUCGUGCCCGUGCCAUUUAUGUCCAUGCAUCCAACUACGCCGAUCCAAACUCACACCCUGAAUUUUGGAAGAAAUGGAACGAAUUUGAGAUUCAGCAUGGUAACGAAGAUACAUUCAGGGAGAUGCUUCGCAUCAAGCGCACUGUGGCUGCUAGCCGCAGUCAGACGCAUUUCAUACUCCCAGAGUACCUGAUGCAGAGGGACCAGAGGCUAAACCUGGAUGAGGCAGUUGACACUCUGAAACGAGCUGGCGUUCCCGAGGACGAGAUGGCUGCCCUAGAAAGGCAGCUAGCGCCUGGACCUUCCGCUGCUCCACCACCAGCUGCAGCUCCUGCCAACCGGAUGAUGAACUUUGUCAGCGCUGGAGUGCAGGCGCAGGCUGAGAGCAGCAGGCAACCACAGGCUGCGGCUGCUGCGAACAACGAGGACAUCGAGCUGCCCGAUGAGAGUGACGAGGAAGAUGAUGUCCAAAUUGCGGAGAAGAGUGUUCCCGCUGCUGUGUUUGGAGAGCUCGGCAAGAGAGCUGCAGAGAACAGGGAGGAGGAAAGCUCUGGUGCCCAGGAGAAUGAGCAGCUGGGCGCCCUUGAGAGAAUUAAGCGAAGGCGUCAAUGAUCUACCACUUGUCAAGAUGAGAACCCUAAGCACACACCAUUAGCUGGUGACCUUAACGAUGUUGUAGCUGUUAACUUGUAAACAUGUUUUUUUGAGUGGCGUUUUUGCUCUUGUACAAGAAUUUACGGGAGUAAUUAAAUCCUUUGUUGAUCUGCGACCAUUUCUUCGU